ACAUCUCAACGCAACGUAACAAAUACAUUAUGAUUCUAUCGAAAGAGUACAUUUGCUGAAGUCAAUAACGCCUGCUCGACGUCCGACUAGACAACCAUGCGACAAGGAGCGCAUCCACUCGCAACCUAAAUCCAUCUCUAGAUGAGCACACUCCGCACCCGUCAAGCAACGCCACCAUGUCCGCAGUCUACCGUCUAGUCAAAUACGCCGUCAGCGCGCACGAAGAGCGCGACGCCGCCAAAGCCGCCUCCAUUCCCCCCGGCUUCUACGGCAACUUCCCCUCCUCCCUAGGCCUCUACUACCUCGGCGACGGCCAGGACUACAAAUCCCUGCGCUUCUACCUGGGCACCCUCGACCAACCGGCCGAGAAGCUCUACGCCCUCACCUACCAUGAAGCGUACGGGUUCCGCCAAAUGACCCUCUACUCGACGCUGGAGUUCAAGCCGCCGGUGCUGGCCAUCGCGGCGAAUGAGAAGCGCGUUAGUGGCAAUGGGCUCCUUACUCUGCCUCCGCUCGCCGAAGGUCAAGGCCAUACGUUUGACGAGCGCCUGAAGUAUAACCUUCGCAACAAUACUCAUUCAUUUAGCGCGAUGAUUGAUCGGCGAGCCGAAACGUUCGAGUGGCGAGAGGACAAGCAGCUCAAGCCCAAGAUUCGACGACUGGUGCGAUUCGCAGGCAGCGAGGUCGAGACGGUCGCGUUGUGGAGGGAGGGCUCUGUGCCGAAUCGGCAGGGCAGGCUGGCGACGUUUGAAUUUUUGGGAAGUGGUGCUACGGGGGAGUUGGGCGCUCGGUGGGCUCUUAUGGCGGUGGUGUCGGUUCUGAGGGUUUGUCAGUCGCAUGGGAAUGCCCUCGCUGGGUCCCAGAUCCAUUCAAUGGAGGCGUACAUCUCCUUUCAGUCAGAUCAUACUGAAGAGGCGCGGGCCAAUGCUCCUCAGCCUUUCUGGGGUUACAACAAUCCGAAAUCAAGUGACCAGCCUCCUACCUAGAAAUGGUCAUGACUUGGGGAACAUCUUUGAUAAUGAUUGAAUGGAUGCGAUUCAUGGUUUCAUCAUUCUUCUCGCUAGGAGUAUAUGGGAGUUGACGAUUGCGCUCUAUCUCUGUUGUCCAUAGUGAGGCUGGCGAUCUUCAAUGCAGCAUGGAUGCAGAUGAGCUCCAAAGCUCGCAGGUGGAGCCGGCGGAAAUGUGCUUACGCAUAGUUCAAAUAUUACACCACUACCUCUGCCUUUCCUAUAAA